GGAGAGCUUUCGCCGCGACACUCUCCAGGGUCCGGCUCCGGGGACGCCGAAGAGGUCGUGGCGGAGGGGUCCGGAGCCGCGCGCAGGGACCCGGGGAAAGCGCUAAACCUCGUCUCAGACGCACAGAACAGGAUCCUUCCUCGCAGCCGGAGGGAAGGAGGUGGGACCCCCGGAGCGCCUCCAACUGGCCUCAUUCUUUCCUGUGGCUCCGAGCCGAAGAGGGGUCCCACCUCUCCACGUCCCGAGAACGUGACUCAGUUCACCUGACUGCAGAGAGCGGGGCGAUUAAUCCUCGCCUCGCGGGCGGGAAAAUCUCAGCCGAGGCCGCCGGCCCCACUCCGGCCCGGGAGCAGCUUUGUCCGGCGCCGGCGGAUUGCUGGGGACGAGCGUCCUCAUCCUUUGAUAAGCUUGGGACGUUUAGACGGACCCUCCGCGCCUGGAUCCGCACGCGCCCGGCUGGGGGCGUGCCCGGAAGUGCCCCCUACGGAAGCCGGCGGGGCGGCGCCUCACCAUGGCGACGGCGGGGGCCCGGCGACGCUUCUACCGCUGCUCCUGCUUCAGCUCCGAGAACCUGUACGUGGCGCGCUACGGGCUGCACGUGCGCUUCCGGGGCGAGCAGCAGCUGCGCCGCGACUACGGCCCGCUCCUGCGCAGUCGAGGCUGUGUCAGUCCCAAGGACUUCCAGCAGCUGAUAGCUGAGCUUGAGCAGGAGGUGAAGCGGCGGCAGCGGCUGGGGCAGGAUUCAGCUGCCAGGAAAGCCCUCAUCGCAAGUGCCUACCACCCCGCACGGCCGGAUGUCUACAGCUUACUGCAGGAUGCAUCACUGGCCCCCGAGUUUCUGGCUGCAGCUGAAUAUAGUGCGUCCCCGGGUGCAGACCUCGAGGGCCUUUUCCAGCGGCUGGAGACAGUGUCAGAGGAGAAGCGCGUGUUCCGGGUGCCUGUGUUCACGGGGCCCUUCUGCCGUGCCCUGCUGGAGGAGCUGGAGCACUUCGAACACUCCGACAUGCCCAAGGGAAGACCCAACACCAUGAACAACUACGGGGUGCUGCUGCACGAGCUGGGCCUGGAUGAGCCACUGGUGACGCCACUGCGGACGCGCUUCCUGCAGCCGCUGACGGCCCUGCUGUACCCGGACUGUGGCGGGGGUCAGCUGGACAGCCACCGCGCCUUUGUGGUCAAGUAUGCACCGGACCAGGACCGCGAGCUCGGCUGCCACUAUGAUAACGCGGAGCUCACCCUCAAUGUGGCCCUGGGCAAAGCCUUUACGGGAGGUGCCCUCUACUUCGGGGGCCUCUUCCAGGCGCCUGCGGAGCCCCUGGAGGUGGAGCACAUGGUGGGCCAGGGCAUCCUGCACCGGGGUGGCCAGCUGCACGGGGCCCGGCCCCUGGACUCCGGGGAGCGCUGGAACCUGGUCAUCUGGCUCCGGGCCUCGGCUGUGCGCAACCGCCUCUGUCCCAUGUGCUGUCGGGAGCCUGAGCUGGUGGAGGAUGAAGGCUAUGGCGAUGGCUUCACCCGCGAGGAGCCCACCACGGUAGACGUGUGUGCGCUGACUUGAGCCUGGUUUGGCACAGUGGGAGGUGUGUGUGUGUCCCAGGCUCUGCCACCCGGAGCUGAGUGGAGCGGAAAUAAACUCCCUGAAACCCUUGGCACUUCUUGGUUUAAAAGGACACACACAGACACACACACACAUGAAAAAGGACACAGGCUUCCGGGUCAUUCUUUCAGCCCGUGGGCUGUCUUAGGUUUGGUUUCUUAGAAGCAGAGCCUGAGAUGGGGCUUCACGGGCAGUGAUUUCUUGAGGGAGUGUCCUCAGGAGAGGAGUGAGGGAAGCAGGACAGGGCAGGGAAGAAGCUGGGUAAAGAGGUGGGUUUAACAAAGUCCAGCCUCAGCCUGACUCCAUGGGGAGCUUGCAGCAGGCACGGGAGCCCUGGGGUACCCCCAGCAUCCGCUGGUUACUGACUACAGGGCAUGCGCAGUAAGCUCCCAGACACUGUUUCCAGGGUGGGGUGACUCCCAGGGGCCAAAGAAAGCCUCCAGGGAAGAAUCCAAGUGUGAGCAGCUAGCAUGGACACCACAGCAGGGGGGCAAGUGCGCCCGUUUGAAAGGGCAUUUGCGCAGGCACCAACAGGAUCUUCUUGAUGGGUGCUGAGGACCUUUUGCAGAGGGUUAAGGGCAGGAGCCAUGUUGCCUGGGUUCAAAUCCUGGUUGUGCCACUUCCAGCUGUGUGACCAAUGGUAAGUCCCUUAACCUGUGUGUGCCUCAGUUUCCUCAUCUGGAAAGUACCUACCUCCUGCAACUAUCUUGACAACCAAAUGAGUUAACUUUAAUAAAGUGCUUUAUAACAAC